AUGUGCUACUAUGGCAACUACUGCGGUGGCCUGGGCUAUGGCUAUGGCGGCCUAGGCUGUGGCUAUGGCUAUGGUGGUUAUGGUGGCUAUGGCUAUGGUGGCUAUGGUGGCUAUGGCUAUGGUUGUUGCCGCCCCCUGUGCUGUAGAAGAUACUGGACCUAUGGCUUCUACUGA